AUGGAGAGGGCAGACUCGUUCGCCACCACGACUACCCUGCAGCGGCAGUUCCUGUCUGCUGUGCUGGACCGCCUGUGGCCAAAGCUGGAAUGGCAGGUGGCCAGCAGCGCCGUGCUGGACGUGGGCUGUGGUUCCGGUGACGUCACGGCGCUCCAGCUGCUGCCGCGGCUGCCCGUCGAUGUGCGCGUCGUCGCUGCCGACCUGAGCGAAUCCGCAAUAGCCCAUGCUGCUUCCAGAUUCGUCGGACCGCGCCUUUUUUUCCUUAAAUUGCACAUAGGCACGCGUCGCAUCCAAAAUACAGCUGUCUGGCGCCUUGGACCAUACUCGAAGGUCUUCUCCUUUUUCUCUCUGCAGUGGGAACAGCGUCAGGGGCGGGCAAUAAAGAACAUCAGUAAACUUCUCUGUUCUGGUGGUGAAACUGUCCUUGUACUAAUGAGUCGUACGGGUUUAUUUGGAACAUACGCGAAUGUGGCAAAGUCAGCCAAGUGGAGCAGCUACUUGAAGGAUGAUCAUCAGUUCCCCUCACCGUACCAGCUCUCAGAUAACCUGCAAGAUGAUCUGAACAUCCACCUGCAGCAGGCAGGACUCGCUGUGAAAACGUGUAACGAACAGGAGAUAGUGUACGUGACUGAAAAAGAGUCAUGUGCAAAAGAAACGCUGGCGGCGAUGAACCCUUUCCUCACCUGCAUCUCUAGGGACGUGAGAGCGACCUUCCAACGGGAUUGUGAAGAGGCGGCGUUCAAGGGUGGCGCCGCGAUUGCUCGGAAGCUCAGUAAGAGCAGGACAAUGUACACGCUAACAUACAACGCCCUAGUCGCACACGCACUCAAAACGUGA